CCAGAUUUCAGAAACAGAAACAGGAGGCACCAUUAGGAAAGCAGGAAAACUCUCGAUAGAGGAGGAUGAAGACGCUGCUGCUGUUGUACUUGUGCGUGUAUGUUAGCUGGGCGCAGGAUGUUUUAGAUUAUGACGACUACGACUCGGACAAGACAUCGCCAGAAAAGAACGGAACUACUGAAGGAGCAGGCGUGGAUGCUCGUGGUCACCGACCAGUAGUAAAAGGCAGGGAAACGUAUACUCCAAGCCGAAACGUCCCUCCCCCCAUCAGUGGAGGCAGCAGGUAUCGUGGCCGACCCACUCCGGCCCCCGUUGGACGUCUCGUCGAGCAGGAGAAGGUGCAGCAGCCCGAGGCAGGAGGAUGCACCCAUGCCUCAGAUGAGAUGGGAGUUUUAUGUCCCACUGGCUGUGAGCUGAAGACCAUGGCGCUGAAGCAAGAGAGGAACGUUAAGACGGCCGUUAACAACCUCAAGCCUCAGGUGGAGGACUUGUCCCGUACCUCCAACAACGUCUUUGUCUACGUCAACGGCAUGUCGAACUCUCUGAGGGAGCGACAGAGACUCUUUAACGACAACAGCAGGGUGGUGACUCAGUACACUGAUCAAGUGGAUGAGCAACACGCCUACAUCAAGGAGACGGUGGACACAUUAUUUCCUUCCAAUAUCAGAGUGCUGCAGGGUGUUCUGGACAAGAUCCAGCUGAAGAUUCAGAAGCUGGAGAAGGCCAUCCAGGCCCAGAGAGAGGAGUGCAAGAACCCGUGCAAAACCAAGUGCCCCAUUCCAGUCGUGUCUGGUAAAGAGUGUGAGGACAUCUUCCGUCGUGGUGGAAAAGACUCCCAGAUGUACCUGGUCAGGCCUGAUGAGUUCUACCCUCCAUACAAGGUCUUCUGUGAUCAGACCACCCAGAACGGAGGAUGGCUUCUUAUCCAGAACAGGCUUGAUGGCAGCGUUGACUUUGGCAGACGUUGGGAUGCAUAUCGUCGUGGCUUCGGCAAUGUCGCUUUCAAUACUGGCAAGGGUCACUGUGAAACCCCUGGUGAGUACUGGCUGGGCAAUGACCGAAUCAGCCAGCUGACCAAGAUGGGUCCCACUGAGGUUCUCAUUGAAAUGCAGGACUGGACCGGAGCCAAGGUCCAUGCCCAUUACCGCCAAUUCACGAUCCAAUCAGAGUCAUCCAACUACGUGCUGGCUGUCGAUGGCUACUCUGGUAACGCUGGCAACUGUUUCCUGGAAGGAUCCCUGGAGCUCUACGGUGAAAACCGCACCAUGACCAUUCAUAAUGGCAUGAUGUUCAGCACGUAUGAUCGAGACAACGACAACUGGACUCCAGGCGAUCCCUCUAAGCAAUGCUCCAGGGAGGACGGAGGCGGCUGGUGGUACAACCGCUGCCACUCGGCCAAUCCCAAUGGGCGAUACUACAUAGGCGGACACUACACACGACAUAUGUCAAAGCACGGCACAGACGACGGCAUGGUCUGGAUGAACUGGAAGGGAAGCUGGUAUUCGCUCAAGGCCAUCAGUAUGAAGAUCAGGCCUUACUUUCCCUCCAGAUAAUCACGUCAAAGUUUUAAACACGUAACACAAAUAGAAUACACCCAAGAGAAGGCAUUUGACUUUAAUGACUUAAAAUCUUCAAACUUGUCUUCCAUUGGCUUUUUAUUUAUUGUCUAGAACUUGUUUGUUGAUGGACGUGCAGAUUUACAGAUAACUAAUGCUGAGGCUGGACAAAAGCAUUAAAUGAACUAAAAAGAGGUGCUAUUCAGCAUUUUACUUAAAAAAAUAUUAAGGUUAAAAAGCCAAUUAGUUGUGUGGAAAGAUGUCAUGAUCUGUCUUUUUUUGUUACGUGUGACAACUUCAGUGAAUCAGGACGAGUUCAUGAAACUGUCCUCUGCUACUCAAUAAACACAUUGAGGAACAUA